UUCAGGAUGGAUCUCAGGAUGGACUGUUUGACAGACAACUUCAACUUUCUCAGCCAUCACAACCAUUUCGCGGAGCAGUCCUGCUGCACCGACGACGGCCCUCCAUCUCCCCUGGAAAGUUGCAACAUCAAGUUGGACCCAUCGAGCCCCACCACCGCCUUCCCGCUGGACGGCACCAGCACCGCCCACCACCACCCCUUCAGCCCCGGCAGCACUUCGGACAGCAGCGGCUAUAGCUGCGGCUACUACUCCCAUCAUCAGCGCCCGUCUCUCACCCACCCCCACUCCCCCAGCUCACCAAGCAGCGGCGGGAGCAGCGGCAACAGUAGCCGGCGAGGAAGCCUCACGCCUCCCGACUCCGAGGCCGAUAGUCACCGCUACUCGCACUCGGAGCACCACCAGCGCGAAGUCGGACUGGUGGCGGCCGGGGAUGGCUUGCUUGUGAACGGGGAGUAUGCGGCCUCGCUGGGCCUGGGCCUCGGCCCUGUUGCGCACAAGCGGCUAUGUUUGGUGUGUGGAGAUUUCGCGUCGGGAUACCACUACGGUGUUGCGUCCUGCGAGGCGUGCAAGGCGUUCUUCAAGAGGACCAUUCAAGGCAACAUUGAGUACACGUGUCCGGUGACCAACGAGUGUGAGAUCACCAAGCGCAGACGGAAGUCGUGCCAGGCCUGUCGCUUCAAGAAGUGUCUCAGAGCAGGCAUGAUGAAGGAGGGUGUGCGUAUGGACCGUGUGCGUGGGGGCCGCCAGAAGUACAAGCGCAGGGUGGACUGUGGACUGGGCCUCUACUCCAAAAACACCUUCACACAUCAGGCCAAACACAUUGGUAGCGGUGUGAUCUCUGCGCUGCUGGUGUCUGAGCCGUCUCCUCUGACGGCUGUUCCUGACACCUCCUCCUCCUCCUCCCCUGAGCUGCAGACACUCCUCACCAUAUGUGACCUCCUCAACAGGGAACUGCUACUACUCAUCGGGUGGGCCAAGAACAUACCUGGCUUCUCUGCGCUCUCAUUGGUGGACCAGAUGGCUCUGCUGCAAGGCGGUUGGAUGGAGGCCCUGGUGCUGUCCGUGGUGUCCCGGUCGCUCGGCUCGGCCAAUGAGCUGGUGUUUGCGGACAACCUGCGAAUGGGAGAGGAGGCGUGCCGGGCCGUCGGCCUAUCAGAGCUCUACGUCUCGCUACGCCACCUGACCAGGAAGUACCAGCACAUGGGGCUGAGUGCAGAAGAACAGGUCACGCUGAAGGCUAUGGCGCUCGCAAACUCAGACACGGGCCCGCUGAUGUGUGGCGAGGCGGUGCAGCGUUUCCGUGACGAUUUGCACGAGGCGCUUCAGGAGUACGAGAGGGCGGAGCAAGGGGCGGAGCCUCACCGAGCGGGACGACUCCUCAUGACGCUACCGUUGCUAAGGGUUACGGCCGCCCGCGCCGCCGACGCCUUUCGCCGCCUGCACACGCACCACCGCGUGCCCAUGCACAAGCUCCUGCUGGAGAUGCUGGACAACAAGGUCUGAACCACACCCGUCCAACACCGGACAGCAAGGCAGAACCAGACCCA